CGUCGGGCGGCUUUUUUCCUCGAACCUUUCCAUAUAAUUUGCAUAAAUAAGUUUACUUUACACUCUUAAGUUGUUUAUUAAUUAACUUGAACCCAAAUCAUAAUUUCGUUGGCACGCAAAUGUCAUAAGGACUCCCCUAAUUUUCCUAAUCGUGAAAUCCUUGACACCUGCUACAGUUUUAAACAAUUUCCGUAAAUAAAAGCCCCAAAAGCGAGCUCAUUAAAAUGUUGUCUGUGAAUCAGUGCAAAUCAAGUGCUAUAAAAGCGGGAAAAGCGAGAAAGUUCAAGUACUCUGAGCUGAAACGGAAGCCAAAGAGACAGGAAAGUAUUUCAGGUUUACUGUUGACACCGUACGUUGGGCGCCAAAUGCCUAAAACAAUGAUUUGACAUUCGCUUAAUCAUCACAUCACAAAUGAACUCUACAACAAUCAACGAUAAACCCAACCGAAAUAUAUUCGGUCUACGAGGUAUUUGGGCCACAAUUGUGACGGUCUUUUUGAUAACGCUACUUAUUGCGUUGAUUUUGUGGCUGCUACGGAAAUUCAUUGAAGGACCGUUCUAUCGCAAAAAGAAUCGCAUCGAUGGCAAGGUGGUCAUCGUCACCGGCUGCAACACGGGCAUUGGCAAGGAGACGGUCCUCGAGCUGGCGCGGCGUGGUGCCAAGAUCUACAUGGCCUGUCGAGAUCCCGCACGCUGCGAGGCAGCUCGCAUUGAGAUCAUCGAUCGCACCCAGAACCAACAGCUCUUUAAUCGCAGCCUCGACUUGGGAUCGUUGGAGUCGGUGCGCAACUUCGUUGCUCGCUUCAAGGCGGAGGAGACCCGACUCGAUCUGUUGGUGAAUAAUGCCGGCAUUAUGGCCUGUCCACGCUCCCUAACUGCCGAUGGCUAUGAACAGCAGUUUGGCGUCAAUCAUCUGGGUCACUUUCUGCUCACGAAUCUUCUCCUCGACCAUCUGAAAAAAGCGGCGCCUAGUCGCAUUGUGGUCGUUAGCUCGGCGGCCCAUUUGUUUGGCCACAUCGAUCGUGAGGAUCUGAUGAGCGAACGCAGGUACAGCAAGUUCUUUGGCGCAUACAGUCGCUCAAAGUUGGCCAACAUCCUCUUCACCCGCAAAUUGUCCACGAUGCUUCAGGGCACCGGGGUUACCGUCAACUGUCUUCAUCCGGGAUUGGUGCGUUCCGAUCUAAAUCGUCAUUUUCGUGCACCUCGCUGGUUUCUCAGUCUGCUCAGCAUUGUCUCCCUGUAUUUCGUGAAAUCCCUGCGAGCUGGAGCUCAGACUACUUUGCGUCUCGCACUUGAUCCGUCGCUGGAGGGUUGCUCGGGGGAUUAUUAUGCGGACAGCAGGCGGUUUCCGCUGGUGCCGUGGGCACGUGACGAAAAGACGGCCAAUUGGCUGUGGGGGGAGAGCGAGAGGCUGGUGGGACUGGCGCACAACGUUGAGCAGUCGACAGCACGUGAUGAUGAUGAUGAUGAAUCAAUUAAGACGGUCGUCGUCAGUGAAUAAUAGUUUAGUAGAAAGGCUAAUUGAUGGCGAGCGACCGUUAACUGGCACUUAAUAGAGGAACAAGAGACUCAUCCUAGUGAUUUCCUCAACGUUCAGUUCCAAUUGAGGACUUUGGUCUUCAUGAUAAACCGACUAAUGUAAAAAUUGAAUUGUAAAAACAUUUUCUCACAACCUCGAUGCCUAUUGAAUUCCCUAGUUAUGCAUACAAUAGUUGUUUUGAAUACCCCAUUUUAACAAAUGAUAAUAAAUAUGAUUUUAUAUUCAGUUCUUGAACUUUGCUGUUUAACCCAAAGCUUGCUUAUAUUUUAUUUGCCUCAUAAUGAGUCAAGUCUUAAAUGACUUGAAGUACAAUUUCAAAUUUAAAAUAUUUCAAAUCUGUUGUCUCCAACGAAAAUUCAAUUUAUGUUUUGUCUGCUCGUUUAACAACUUUUGAUUUGCAAUCCCAGUGAAAUACCCUAGAGUUUUAAACAUUUUUGUUUGUUCUUCCAAAAAAGUGUUUAGCUAAAUACAAAACUGUAUCUUUACUUUUUGUGCACUUUGAAGUUCUUUGAAAUCCAAGUGGAAUAGCCAAAAGUUUUU